AUGUCGAUGAUCACAAAUAGAAAAAGACCCAGAGGGUUUGCUAACUCCAAUCAUCACGAAAGCGCUCUCCUCGAAGAAGAUGAGUGUGACGACAUGUACGGAGAAAUAGAUGACAUAUUCGAAGAUGACAACAAUGACAUCACUAUUUUGGAAGAACGCAAAUUGAAAUCAAGCGUUUCUCGCGGAAGACGCUGGAGAAACAACUCCGACUCUUUUUUGCUUCUAGAAAAAGAUGUUUGGGAGGCGUAUAAUAUGUUCAAUGUCAACAAUUUAGACGUGGCAGAGCAUCAUCUACCUCCGAGCACCGGCAUGAAAAAACAGCGCACCAAUUCACUUCCUCAGUUACCCCAAGUGAAGUGCAUGUAUGAGAAAAUCCCAACCAAUUAUAUUCUUCAGCACCCCAAGGUGGGUAACGUUAAGACGCACGUGGUGCCUCAUAAACUCAAUCUCCCACCAUGUGACGAUGAAGAUGGCCACUAUGUUAUCAAGAUUAACGAUGUCUUUGCAAACAGAUUCGUGAUUCAAAAAUUGUUGGGACAGGGUACGUUUGGAAAGGUUGUCGCAUGCUAUGACAAGAUCAAUAGAGAAACUGUGGCAAUUAAAAUCAUACGAAAUAUCCCCAAAUAUAGGGAUGCCGCAAAAAUUGAACUACGGGUUUUAACUACCCUCAAAAAGUUCGACAAUGAGAAUAGAAAUCACUGCAUUCAUCUACGAGAGUGCUUGGACUUCAGAGGCCAUAUCAGUAUUGUCACUGACUUGUUGAAAAUUUCGUUGUAUGACUUUUUGGAAAAUAACAAAUUCAUACCUUACCCGGGAUCCCAUAUUCAAGCAAUUUCAAAACAGCUCAUCCGAUCAGUCACAUUCUUUCAUGAUUUAAACCUAAUUCAUACAGAUCUCAAACCUGAGAAUAUCUUGUUGCACGACGAUUCUUACCAGAGAAAGCUUCUAGGAAGCAGCACGACGAUUUCAAGUUUCUUGAGGCUCAACACUGCAAACGAGAAGCGUCGCACCGACAGAGUACCAAAAUUUCUGAGAAUCCUCAAUAACCCACUCAUACAGAUCAUUGAUUUUGGCUCCGCAAUCUUCAACGACGAAUAUCAUUCCUCUGUUGUUUGCACGCGUCAUUAUCGUGCACCUGAGAUUGUCUUGGGAACAGGCUGGUCCUUUCCUUGUGAUAUGUGGUCUGUGGGUUGUAUUUUGGUGGAACUUGUGAUUGGAGAGCCUGUGUUUCGGACGCAUGAUAAUUUGGAACAUCUUGCAAUGAUUGAGAAAGUUGUGGGAGAGAGUAUUUGCGAGAAUAUGGUCAGGCUUUCAAAAGAAAAGGAGAAUGAAUGCGGUAUAAAAUAUUUCACCGCUGACUCACAUACACGAAAGUCACACCAGAUCGAGGAUUUGGAAAACGACGACUGCUAUAUUGACGAUGACUACAUGGACGAUAACCUGCUCAAAUUGAGAUUUCCCACGCCAUCAACGCCUGACAAAUUCGUGAAGAGCGUUGAUCAGCUUUCUCGUAUUGAUUUAUUUGUCAGCGAAAGGAUUGGACUCAAGAUUAAUUUCGACUAUUCGUUGAGCACAAACUAUCAGAACAACCAACAUUUGAUAAACUUUGGUAACUUCACAUUUUGGUGGUUCUUCAUUGAUCUUUUAAAGAAGUUGUUUGUCAUCGAUCCUGAUUCGAGGAUGACUGCCCGCGAAGCGCUUGAACAUCCGUGGUUCAAUUUGGGUAUAGAAGAUGAGGGAACAACAUAA